UUCUGUGGUUUUAGUGUAGGGACUGGAAAGAAGAAAAAGUUUGAUGUUGUAGUUUACUUUAAUUGCUUAAAAUUUUAUCGUUGCAAAUCUCUUAUUGUUCCUGUUAACCCUGAACGCCGGAAGGAAGCCUUGGAAGAUAUCGAUUCGAUAAUCAGGAAAAUUCUAACUCAAGUCAAGGAAACUCGUGUCAAAGGAAACGUCGACUGAAGAAAACAAGUGCUGGAGUGCAAUGAAAAGCAAUGUGAAAAGUUCAAUGUUAUGAGCCUUGAGUGGAUUACAUAAAUUUUGCCUUUCCCCUGGAACGCGAAAGGAAAAACAGCAAGUGAUAAAAUUAAACAGCCAAGCUGGCGUGGUUCUAUCUUGCAAUGCAGCAUAGUAAUUUGAUACCUCGACACAAUUAAAAGGCUACACUUCACCUCUAGUGAAAAUUGGUGAGUUCUAUUUAUAACGCUGUAUCCCGUUGGUGGUGCAUGUUUUGCUGCUGAAACUCACUGUUCGGAGAGCACAAAAGAGGGCUUGCCGAGCGACAAAUCAACAAUCAAUCGAAAGUGCAUUGUCGGUCGAGCUGUCGGCAGGGCAUGGAUAUUGCAGCAUUCGCAUCGACAAUGGCCACAAAGGCUGCCGCCACAAGGGAUCGCGCAAGCCAACCGGCUGAUUUCACCAGUGGGGAAACGUCCGGUUCGUUCAACGGGGCAACCGCCUCGGACGUCAGGGCCAACAAGCUGAAAUCGUUUAUGGGAAAAACUCCCAGUGCCAUCAAGUCCAAGUUUCUGUCCGUGCUUGGCAACAGCACGGAGAUUAUUAAUGGGAUAUCGAAUAAGAUUGAUGCCGCCCUCAGUUUAUCGUCCUCCGAAGAUACGGAAACGACCGAGAACCGCAACCAAGCGAAGGUAGACAGUAUGCUGAGACAAAAGUAUGAGGCUUCCCACUGGAAGCACCCAGAUGAUACGACGGCCGGAAACGAGGUCGAUUUUGAACUGCGGAGAGCUAAAGAGCGGCGAGCACAUGAAGAAGUACUAUCAGGACGAUACAGAAAUCCAGCAUUUAGUCAUCCAGUGGCAAACGGAAGUAACGCUCUGCCAGUGGCAGUGCGUGGAGAGGUGGAGAAACCUCCUGCAAACAGUAUUAGUACCGAGUUUACUCACAGCAACUAUAGCAAUAAUUCCUGUUCGAUUGAUUCGAAAUCACCUCAACCGCCUCCCGGAGAUGGAGAAAGUGAUCUAGCAAUGGAAGUGGCCUCACAAUCCGUACCAGUAGUGGAAGCCGUUCCGUCCGGCAAAGACCAUCUUAGAGAUAACAAAAUUGGUCAAUGUAUGCCUAGCAGUGCCUCAACUAGUGACAACGAGUCCUGCGUACUUAGUGCCACCCUGGAAUCGUCUGAGUUGAAGAUGUGGAUCCGAUCCGAGUCGGAGAAUUCAGUGCCAUCGUGGGCGUCCUCUAUCAGCCUUGACAGUCAGUCGGAGGAAGCAAUACUGGAUUUUAUGAAGCGUUUCGUGAAAAUACUUUUCCGAGAAAGUUCCUCCAUUACACUGGAGCUGAAAUCCGAUUUCGGUCAAUACGCACGGACGGAAACUGGUCGCCUGUGGUUCUCUCGCUUGGUUAACGCACAACGAGCCAAAUCUAAACGGGUAGAUGAAUCGACCUUUUAUUCGCUGAUUCAGUAUUUUGCAAUUGUGUUGUUUGAGUGUGCCGAAAGUGAGGACUUUUCCCCGGCCAAAACUCUUAUGAACAUGUGCUUUACCUUCUAUCAUGACAUUGACGUUCCUGGUUGUGAACCAUACCGUGAGUAUUUGUACACCUAUUUGCGGGAUCAACCGAUUUGGCACUCGUUGCGUUUCUGGAAUGCGGCCUUUUUCGAUGCUUUACAAACCGAGCGGAAGCACCGGCCGGUUCCUCCGACGAAAUCGACAAAUUCGCAAGCCAGAGCGGAUGAUGCGACCGGUUGCCACGUACUUGCCGUGCCUGAAGCGGAACGAUCUUCGUCAACCAGUGCCUGUGACCGGACGGAUCCAUUCGAGCUGCAGGAGGACAAAAAGUUCCAUCAAAAUCUUAGUUUCGGACAGUUGGGAAGUUUCACAUGUAACAUGCAUGCCUUUGGCCUUAGUCGGGAACUGUGUUAUGAAUUUCUUAUGAAACAAUGUGUAAUAGCAAAUUUAAAUAUUGAACAGCAAAAACUACUCAAGGAAAAUGUUGACCGAAUGUACCGCGAGACGGAUCCCUGGCGUGAAAACUAGGAACCAGCAUGCUUUGGUUUGGAAAAAAGUUUGGCUUAUUUCGUUCUAGACAAUUUAGGCUCUUAUUACAUAGAUUAAGUAAUUUUUCUUCACCAUAAAUAGAAUCUCCUGUUUCCAGUCAUUCGAAUGUGCAAACCAGCACAAGCGCAGUACAUAGGGCAAAGUAUAUUUUAAUCUCUGGAAUGUUGUUGUUUGAAACAUAGGAUGUAAGGAGGUGGAAUACAAAGUAUUUGUGAUAUAUUUUUGUGAUUUUUAGCUGAAAAAAAUGUCUGUUGAUAUCAUUAGGUUACUGUUUUAUGAAGCACAGAUGCUGAGGCGUUAGCCACAGAAUCGGUUUUCUAACAAUUGUUACCGCUACAAUCGUCGAUCGAUUCGAUACGAGUAAAUCGUAAAAUGAUAAGUAUUUUCUAAGCAUUCCUGUUAGGUAUGAGUAACUAAAAUCAGACAAAGCUUAUGAUAGGUAUGGAAAAAAUUUUGCAUAUUGGCAUGGCAGAGCAGAGCAAAUAGAUUUGUUUUUGAAGGACAAUAAAGAAUACGAUUUGAUUCGCAAAGAUAGCAAUAAAAUAGCUUCGAAACGAAAGGAUUUCGAGUGUUUCAAAGCGAAUAUUAACGUGCUUUUUGGAUUAUUAGUUAGUAUUCUGAUAAGGAGAAUUGUAAUAACCCUCGCGAAAGGGUUCUUGUUAAAAGUGAGAGGUAGGUUUCCUUCUACCAAGGUAGGCAAUAAGUAGAUCAAGAAGAGUGGUGAUAUUAGAGAAUCUCGAGAAAAGCAUACACCAGCAAACGGAUUGAAGUUGUUGCAUUUUACAUCAGAUUUGUUACCAAUCCAGAGUGUACGGCUUUGGAUAGAAGCAGAGAAAUAUAUUACUUCAA